GGGAGUUGGUGCUCGGUUCUACUCCCCAAGGGAGGAAUUUUUGGACAGCGCAGAGAAACCUCACUGGGGGCAAUAGGACCCAUCCCGAUCCUGGGGAAAACCGGAGAAGUAGCUGGGGGCAUCCGGUGCCACAUCGUGAGAUUCCUGAGAGUGGAAUGAAUGUAUAGGCCCAGGGAAAAGUGUUUUUUCAGCCCGGAGACGCUGGAAUGCUUUAGACUUUCCUGUCGUGGUCACAGCCGCUGAAUCCCCGGGACCGGCGCAGAGCCAGUACUCUUGCAAGCCGGAUGCCCUCUGUGGAUGAAAGAUGUAUCAUGGAAUGAACCCGAGCAAUGGAGAUGGAUUUCUAGAGCAGCAGCAACAGCAGCAGCAGCCUCAGUCCCCCCAGAGACUCUUGGCCGUGAUCCUGUGGUUUCAGCUGGCGCUGUGCUUCGGCCCUGCACAGCUCACGGGUGGGUUCGAUGACCUUCAGGUGUGUGCUGAUCCAGGCGUCCCCGAGAAUGGCUUCCGGACACCCAGCGGAGGGGUUUUCUUUGAAAGCUCUGUCACCCGAUUUCACUGCCAAGACGGAUUCAAGCUGAAGGGCUCUACAAAGAGACUGUGUAUGAAACAUCUUAAUGGAACCCUAGGCUGGAUCCCGAGUGAUAGACCCGUCUGUGUGCAAGAAGACUGCCGUGUCCCGCAGAUUGAAGACGCCGAGAUCCAUAACAAGACGUAUAGACACGGAGAUAAGUUAAUCAUCACUUGUCAUGAAGGAUUCAAGAUCCGUUACCCCGACCUAUACAACAUGGUUUCCUCGUGUCGCGACGACGGAACGUGGGACAACCUGCCCAUCUGUCAAGGCUGCCUGAGACCACUCGCCUCCUCUAAUGGCUACGUGAACAUCUCCGAGUUCCAGACCUCCUUCCCGGUGGGCACUGUCAUCGCCUAUCACUGCUUUCCUGGAUUUAAACUCGAGGGGUCGGAGUUUCUCGAGUGCUUACACAACCUCAUCUGGUCGUCCAGCCCACCCCGGUGCCUUGCUCUGGAAGCCCAAGUGUGCCCGCUGCCUCCGAUGGUGAGCCACGGCGAUUUCAUCUGCCACCCGCGGCCUUGCGAUCGCUACAACCAUGGAACCGUGGUAGAGUUCUACUGCGACCCCGGCUACAGCCUCACCAGUGACUACAAGUACAUCACCUGCCAGUACGGGGAGUGGUUUCCUUCCUAUCAGGUCUACUGCAUCAAGUCAGAGCAAACGUGGCCUGGCACCCACGAGACCCUCCUGACCACGUGGAAGAUCGUGGCGUUCACGGCCACCAGUGUGCUGCUGGUGCUGCUGCUCGUCAUCCUGGCCAGAAUGUUCCAGACCAAGUUCAAGGCCCACUUUCCCCCAAGGGGGCCUCCUAGGAGUUCCAGCAGUGACCCUGACUUUGUGGUGGUGGACGGGGUGCCCGUCAUGCUCCCGUCCUACGACGAGGCUGUGAGUGGCGGCUUGAGUGCCUUAGGCCCUGGGUACCUGGCCUCCGUGGGCCAGGGCUGCCCCUUACCUGAGGACGACCAGAGCCCCCCAGCAUACCCUGGCUCAGGGGACACGGACAUGGGCCCAGGGGAGUCAGAAACCUGUGACAGUGUCUCGGGCUCCUCUGAGCUGCUUCAGAGUCUGUAUUCGCCUCCCAUGUGCCAAGGGGGCACCCGCCCUGCUUCCGACAACCCAGACACAGUUGCCAGCACAGCAGAGGAGGUGGCAUCCACCAGCCCGGGCAUCGACAUUGCAGAUGAGAUCCCUCUAAUGGAAGAAGAUCCGUAACCAGGCAAAGUCCCAAUGACUCUACUGCCCCUCUGGGGAUGAGACCCUUUCACCUUGGAGUGAGGCCACAGAAGGACAGGACUUAGGGGGAUGGGGGAAGUUUUCUAAGUAUCUCCAUGGGGACGGUGACUCACAUCGUACAUCUCGGACUCGACAGCGAGGCUGACGAACUGCGGUGGCAGUGCUUCUAAAUGAGACUGGAGGACUCCCCAAGACCAGUGGGGAACAAAGGGAUGCAGGAGGACCCCUGUGCCGUCCUGGGUGAAGGUGUUCAGUGUGUCUCGUGCUGUGGAACGUAGGACAAUUCUACGCACAUGCCAUCAAAUCCCACGUCCCGUUGGCUUAGGUUCUGACUACCACCUGCCUCCUCUGAAAGCAUGUCACAUUAUGUAAAUUUGCUUCUAAAAUCUGCCUCCCACUGUCUCUGGACUUCAAAUUCGGAUGGAUCAGCCUCCAUGGGAAGUCCACGUGGAGCUGCUGGAAGAGUGGCAGAGCGCCCCCUGCAGGCUCCCAGAGGGAGGGUUCUCAUGCGGCCUUUGGACAACCUUCCUUGAUCUGGACAGCUCUACUCAAAGCAAAACUAAAGCAGAUGUGGCGGUUCCAGUGAGAAAGGAAAGACUCAGGCAGACUCUGCUUUCUGGAAACUUCUAAAAGUAGAGUUCGUGCGCUCCGUGCUGUCCUUUGGUGAAAUGUUGUCCGUAUUUGUAGUCAUGUUCUAGCCCAUGGAUCCGUGGCGUUGGAUAAAUCUUGUGACUUGACACAUGGUCAGAAUGUGUUCAGAUACAUCUCAUGGUGGAGAAGGUAACCAAGGUAAUGUUUCGUUUGGGCGUCUUAAAAAGAUUCCACUUAACGAUUUAUCUUCGAGUCAUGAGCCCCUCUCCAGUCAACUCUUAUGAUUGUUGCUUCCACUCCCAAACUCAGCCAUAUUUUAUUUUCCAAAACAAAAAUUGUUUCUGUAAACACAUUCCUCCUCCAAAUAAAGUAUGAGGUUGGAUUUC